CCCCCCAAUCCCACACAACACUAUCACACACACACCCCAAAACAAAACCCAAUAUCUCACUCUCCGUUUUACGAUCUCUCCGCCAUGUAAUUGUAAGCCACAAUUCAGAGAACUCAUUCAUUCCCUAUUCUCUCUCUCUCUCUGAAUUCAGUUUUUUCAAAUUCUAAUAACUCUCUUUCCCUUCGGAAAUGGACGAAGAGUUACAGAAAAGGAACACUGACUGCGUCUAUUUCCUUGCCUCACCCCUCACCUGCAAGAAGGGGACUGAUUGUGAGUACAGGCACAGUGAGAUUGCAAGGCUCAAUCCAAGAGAUUGCUGGUACUGGUUGUCUGGGGACUGUGUCAAUCCUACAUGCGCUUUUAGACACCCUCCAUUGGAUGGCCAUGCAGGAGUGCCAUCUGAAUCUGCCCAGUGUUCUGCACCUGUGAACAAGACCAAUGCUCCCUGUUACUUUUACUUCAACGGUUUCUGCAAUAAAGGUGAUAGAUGCUCUUUUAUGCAUGGGUCUGAUGGUAAUGCACCUGCUGGGAAAUCUACAAAAACUGCCUCUGCAAGCACUGAUGCACCUUUCGUAGAAAAAAAAAUAUCUGCAGGAAAUGAGACACAGUUGGCACAAACAGACACACAUCUGAAUCCAUCUGAAAGUGUCCCUAAGGUAGUUAUCAAUUCGAAUUCUGAGUUCAAGGAGGGACUUGAGGAACCAGUACCUAACAAUGUUUCCCAGCAAUGUGCCUCUCCGCAGAUUGCUGUUUGUGGGUAUGAUGAAGCUCCUGCGAUUAGAUCAGAGUCCUUGCUUAUAGCAGAUGGUUUUAUUCAAAGCAGAUCUCAUUUUGAGGCAGAUCAGAGUUCAGAGGAGCAAGUGGAAGAUGAUAUUGAGCCAGAGGAGCGGUGGGAAUCAUCCCCUGGCUUUGAUGUUCUUGUGGGUGAUAAAUCAGAGAAUUUGGGUUAUGAUGACGAUGCAGAAUAUUUGCUGGACCUUGAUAGGGAACAAAGAGAAUUGAGUAGCCACUUCUUGGGUUAUGAUUUUGAAGAUCCAGUUAUGUAUGAUCCCACACACCCUGAUUUGAAACAUUAUGAACGUGAUAUCGAUGAUAGUUAUGAUCCAGAUGACAAGCAUCUUUUCAAUAAUGUUAGAAGAGAUCCUGGUCAUUCAAGAGACAGCAUGUUGGAUUCUAUAUUGUUCCGGAAAAGGAAACAUGUGCCAAUGGAGCUGACAGUUGGUGACCAUAAUGGCGUGGAUCUUCGAGACCAUUUGAGAAGACGCAGGGUGACUGAUGGUUGUCCAAUUACUGGCUUAUCAAGAAGGCAUGGCUCAUCUCGUCUAAUUGGUCACAGCCAGGAAAGGCCUCGCAGGCAUGGAAUGGGUCAGCGUCUUCAUGGAAGAAUGGCAUCAGAAGUGGGAAUGAGUACUAUUGAAUCAGUCAAGAAUGGAACUUUUUCACAUGGUGCCACUGCCAACCAGCGUGGCUUGCUGAGGCGCUCACAGCAACAUAGGUCAAAGAAGGUUAGCAGGAAAAAAAUUCUCUCUAAACAUCCCUUCUCAAGUGAAGUUACAAGGAAACCAGUUACAAGAGAGAGGAGAUCAACUCAGGAGUUGACUACGUUUACAGGACCCAAGACCCUUGCCCAGAUUAAAGAAGAGAAGAAAAAAGUUGAAGAAAAUGGGGUUUGCAUUUGGAAAGUAGGGCAUUCAAGCAGAACUACAUCAACUGACUUCCAGGCUCCCAAACCCUUGAGUGAAAUCCUCAAGGACAAAAGGAAGCUGGAUUUUGUGAGGGACAGUGAUAGUAGUGGCUACUAAAAAAAAAAAAUCCAGUUAGGCUUAGUCGAAUCUCAAUCAUUUAGUAAUGAGUAGUAAUUUUACAGAUGAUGAUGAUGAUAAAAAUUAGUCUGAGAAGGAGAUGAGGACCUUAGCAUAAUUUUGCGAUGUUUGGAUGUGCGGGAUCGUGUUUUUACAUACUAGAUAAAGGUACUUUUUCUUUCCGGUAAAUGAGGAACAUGACGAGAUGCGUAUGCAUUUGUUUUCAAAUCUCUUCUGUGACCCCCAACCGUUGGUAAUCACUGAAAGCUGAACUUAGAGGCUAAAGCGGGCUAUUGGCUGGCUUCUGCUUGUACACCUUUUAACAAAAAUCUUAUGUUACUGUUAUCAAGCUUGUCUUGAUUUCUUGUACAGAGGUGCUGAUUAACUCACAAAUUGAUUGUUGCAUUUGUGUGUGGAAAAGAUGAUUUUUAACCACUGUUACUGUCUACAUUUGGUUGCGUAACAACGACAUUUUCAUCUUAUA